AUGAGUCCCUCAGCCGAUGAAGUACCCACACAGCGCUUGGGUAUCAAAAAGGCAUCCAAUACCCGGCCGACAGUUGUCCCUGCUAUACCUCUACCGUUUGUUGAGAAGCAGCGGCAGCAAAAGCAGCGGAAAAGACUACAGCAAGAGCAAGGCGAUCUUCUCGGUCAGCACCAGAAACAAGCCGAACCUGCAUUGCGGGUUCCUAAGCCAGAGUCUUCAGUGUCGGUCCCUGUUGCCCAGCCAGCCCCUUUCGUCCUUCCCGCCGACCGUGGCGACGCCAGCAACAUAACAGCUAGCUCAGAGUCUUUACUGACGGCAACGACAAGAACAUCAAAGGACACUGGUGGGGGAGUACCAAAUGGUCGCUCGAUUUCUCGCCCUUCCACUAGCCAUGACUACCGAGACUUCGAUAUUGUGCAUCCCCACGACGUUGUCGUCAAUGCCACCAGCCACCUCGAUGGCCUUCCUGCCAAGCAAAAUAUAAAGCUUCAGAAGCCAACAGAUCACCAAGCAAGCCUGAACAACGGAAGCAUAUACUUUGGUACCAGUCAUGGAUCAGAAGACACUCUGCCGCCGCCGCCACAUGACGCCCACAUUGGUGUCCCACCGCCUGGUAUGAUCGGGUUACACCCAUCUGUGUACAUGCCCUAUAACAUUCCCAGUCCAGGAAUGGGCGGCUGGCACGGCCCUUCCAGAAUGGCUCCAUCUAGUGAUGUAAAUGGCUAUACUUCGACAGCGAGCUUCAAUACUUCCACACCUCGAAGCUUCCACGGUUCGCAAUCUCCUGACAAUGUGAACAUCACCUCCGGUACUCAUGGCUCUCAUGUUUCCAACAACGGACCUUUUCCCCCUCCAGAUCUUCCCCUUCACAAUGACACUCGUCCUACAAUACUGUCUCCGCCGCCGUCAUCUCUGCAUUCGAAUGGCUUUCCCGGCAUCGGCCUUGCCAAGGGCGACAUCUAUCCCACGGAGGGUGCACAUCACCUUGGUCUUGAAUUCGUUCAUUUUUUAGAGCAGCAGCUGCAUCAGAGUUUUCACGACGCCCGAUCAGCCGACUGCUACCUUAUGCUUCACUUUCCAAGCAAAGUCGACAUUAAAGGAGGCCUUAACAGAUCUACGGGGAGGGAUGCAUCUUCAAAAAGCGGGGCACUUAUGGGCGGCCCACCAUUGCUCUUUAUGGGUCAUCGUGCAGCCCUUACACAAUCCCACACCAUCUCCCAAAUGCUUCACAGCGGAAACGGCGUAACUGUACAAACAGGAUCGUUUGGCUAUCCUGUUCUUGUUUUGCACGUCACCUUAGGUGACCCAUAUAUCACAGCAGACGCAUCCUUUCAAGCACUUCGCAGUUUGUAUGGGCUAGCUAACAACGAUGUAAACGUCACCACUGCGCAUUCACGGGUUCAAGCUAUGGAUAUGGCAAUCUCCAACUUAGUGGCUGGUUUCCUCUUUAUGUUGAACAAUGUCGAGAUGGUUGGCGUGGAACAGGCCUGCCAACUCCUCGGAUGGGAUACGAUAGAGAGGGUGUUGGCAUUCUGCUUGAAUGGGUCUGUGCUACCGAACACGCCCACAGUGGAUCACGACAUGUUUGGUAUACCGUAUCCCCAGGCCGAGUUUCGCUAUGCAAGAGGAGCCGGCCAGAACAUCCGACGGCUACUGCACAAGGCUCUGGAUUUCAUUAUCUGGAAUUUUCCGGACGGAUUCGUCAUGCAGGAAAGCAGCGAGCUAGCUGAUACAAGCCCGGUUCCUCUUUCUCGGUUCCCUUGUACGAGCCCGAAGGAGGUCCCAGUUGAAGGGCAUCACGCAUCGUGCAUGCCCUUUAAGCGAGACGCAAAUCAUGAUUACCAACUGCGGAAUGACCAAGAUACGUCGAAGACUUUUUCGUCUGGGUCAGUUAGUCUUCCGUCCAGAACAGUGGACUUGCGGUCGAAACGCAGCCCACAAUCGGAAACAAUAGUGUUUGGCGACUUUUCGCCAGCACAGGGGAAGAAGACAAUGUCGACAUGUCUUCCACUAGUGACUCCUAAUGGAACACAUAAGCCGGGUAGUAUUCCGCCAUCCCAGGCAAACAGCACAGCCGCAAUCCUCUCGCGUGUACUUUCCGGCAUUCCUUUUGGGUUUGUGAAUUUUAUCCUUGAACAUCCCAACCUCGGUUGGGGUAGCUCCAACAGCUCGCUACCACUAGCGCUCGACACACGAAGGGCAAUCGCUCGUGAUCUCGUCGUGGAAAGGGAGUCUCGAAGGCAACGAACUGUGCACGAAAUUCGUGAACACACGUCUGUUGAUCUGGAUGGCAUUCUCCCCCGCAUAUGUAGCCCUUCCCCGCCGCAUCACCAAGACUACACCAUGGAUGGUUGGGAUGCGUUGGGCUGGAAGGAAGCUUGCCACAAUGAAGGGCCUGGCCUUGUGCGUAUUUUGCAGCAGUCUCAGCCAGUGGCCUUAUAA